GUUUCAAGUCUCCUCUCUUUCUCUGCUACUUACUGUCCAAUAUAUUUAUCCAUAUACUCCAAUGACUGAGCUUCCACAAAUGCAAGGAAAGACCCUCCCAGAUGCUUGGGACUACAAGGGCCGCACAGCCGAGCGGUCCAAAACCGGUGGCUGGACCAGUGCCGCCAUGAUUUUAGGUGGUGAGGCGUGUGAGAGGUUAACUACGCUUGGUAUCGCCGUUAAUAUGGUGACUUAUUUGACUAGCACUAUGCAUUUAGGCAAUGCCACCGCUGCCAACACUGUCACCAACUUCCUUGGAACCUCUUUCAUGCUCUGUUUGCUUGGUGGCUUUGUCGCUGACACCUUUCUUGGAAGAUAUCUCACAAUUGCAAUCUUCGCUACUGUUCAAGCAACUGGUGUGACUGUGUUGACAAUCUCAACAAUAAUCCCCAGCUUGAGGCCACCAAAAUGCGCCAUCAAGAACGGCGCCGCAUCUUGCAUCCAAGCAAGCGGCAUGCAACUCACAGUUCUCUAUAUAGCUCUAUAUCUGACUGCCCUGGGGACUGGGGGUCUAAAAUCAAGCGUGUCAGGUUUUGGGUCGGACCAAUUCGACGAAUCAGACCAACAAGAGCGAAGUCAAAUGACCAACUUCUUCAACUGGUUUUUUUUCUUUAUUAGCAUAGGCUCACUAGCGGCAGUGACAGUUCUUGUUUACAUACAAGACAACUUGGGUCGUGAAUGGGGAUAUGGUAUAUGUGCUUGCGCUAUUGUUAUUGGGUUGGUUGUGUUUUUGUCAGGCACUAGACGAUAUCGGUUCAAGAAAUUGGUAGGUAGUCCGUUGACGCAGUUUGCCGCGGUGUUUGUGGGUUCUUGGAGGAAAAGGCAUUUGGAUUUACCUUCAGAUUCAUCCAUGCUCUUCGAUAUUGAUGAUAUUCCAGCCGAAAGCAAGAAGAAAAAGCAAAGUUUGCCCCACAGCAAGCAGUUCUGUUUCUUGGACAAGGCAGCAAUCAAAGAUCCAGAUGUGACUAAUGUGAACAAGUGGAAUUUAUCAACCUUAACCGAUGUGGAAGAAGUGAAAUUGGUGAUUAGGAUGUUGCCUAUUUGGGCUACCACAAUUUUGUUUUGGACAGUGUAUGCGCAAAUGACCACAUUUUCAGUAUCGCAGGCAACCACCAUGGACCGUCACUUAGGCAGUUUUCAAAUCCCUGCAGCGUCACUUACUGUCUUUUUUGUAGGCAGCAUUCUCUUGACUGUCCCAGUUUAUGACCGAAUUAUUGUUCCAAUUACAAGAAAAGUGUUUAGUAACCCACAAGGACUCACCCCAUUGCAACGAAUAGGGGUUGGUCUAGCGCUCUCAAUUUUAGCAAUGGUUGCAGCAGCACUCUGUGAAUUAAAGCGAUUACAUGUAGCGAGAUCACACGGUUUAGGAGAUGAUCCUACGGGUGAGAUCCCAAUAAGCGUGUUCUUGUUGGUGCCUCAGUUUUUCUUGGUGGGUGCCGGAGAGGCAUUUACAUAUAUAGGACAGCUUGAUUUUUUCUUAAGAGAAUGUCCAAAAGGAAUGAAGACAAUGAGCACGGGGUUGUUUUUGAGCACCCUUUCACUAGGAUUUUUCUUCAGUUCUUUAUUGGUUUCUAUAGUGCACAAGGUGACUGGGGACAAAAAGCCAUGGCUAGCAGACAAUCUCAAUCAAGGGAAGCUAUAUGAUUUCUACUGGCUAUUGGCGAUAUUGAGUGCGUUGAACUUUGUUAUCUAUUUGGGUUGUGCUAAAUGGUAUGUCUACAAGGAUAAGAGGCUGGCUGAAGAGGGCAUUGAACUGGAAGAACAAGAGUUUACUUGCCAUGCAUAACACCAUAAGGGUCUUGCUUCUUUUCUGGAAUUUGUAAUAUUUUAAGCUGAGUCUAAUAUAUAUAUAUAUAUAUAUAUAUAUAUUUCUUUGGGGGUGGGUGCUGUUAAUAAGCGUAACCUUUACUUGUAUUUAAAAAAAAAUGAGGUGAAGGAAGCAACAGUUGUAUUGUACCAAAAUGGUCAUCAUCAUCUUGGGGGUAAAUACUACUAAAAGAAGGGAAACUUUAAAUUUUACUUUCGUGGUGCUAAACUAAUAACCAUGGCAACUAGAAGAGAGAAGUAAUCAUCG